GUCCGCGUUACAAUUAGUUCGAUCGUUUGUCGUUAAUCGUAAAGUUCGAACGAACAAUUCCUCUCGCGACGAUUGUCACAUUUUGUUCUGUCUGAUCGUCGAAAUGAAUAUAAUAGAGGACUGUUUUUUCUACGAUGAUUAUUGUUACCAUUAAUCGAAGCUAAUUGUAUUUUGCCUAUAAUCCCUUUAUACGGCAAUCAAAAAAAUGGAUCGUACUGUAACUUUAGUGUUAUUUGCCUUGCUAACCGUAUUUGUCGGUGAUGUCGCGGCAUCGUGCAGAAAGGUAGAGAAUGAGGAUAUGCUGGAAUAUGUCUGCGAAGGUGGCCACCCCGUUGAUUUGACUACCGUACCUGAAACAACCGAAAAAUUGCGAAUUUUUAGAAUGCCACUUCACAGAAUAACUGCCGAUACGUUCUCGAGAUUUGGCGAGAACCUUUGGGUACUGAGUUGCUCGCAUUGCGAGAUUACCGAUAUCGAUGCAGAUGCCUUUCGACGUCUCGUCAAUCUUCAGCAACUCAGCUUAGACAACAACCGCCUAACUACCGUCAGAUCGUCGUGGUUCGAAGGACUGGACUCUUUGACGUAUCUCGAUCUCAACUACAAUAACAUACGUGACAUUGAAGACGGCGUCUACACGAAUCUACCCAGUCUCGUAGACUUAAGGAUUUCGGGAAAUCGACUGCAAUGCCUGAAUCUCGACGAGAUGGCAUACUUGAAGGAACUGAAGCGCAUUUUCCUCAGCGAGAAUUCCGACUUUGCCUGCCCGCAUGCUGUCAGCAAGUUCCUUGAGAAUCAGGGCGUUGCUUUUGAACAGGAUCCCGAGUGGAGCAGACUCACUAGUGACAUAAUCAACGUUCAUGUUCCACCGAUCCACGUAGAAGAAGGCGAAGAAAUCGACAGCGCAGAAAUCGUGCCAGCGCAUCGCGAAAGGUUACACCCCAGUAGGAGACCACCUCCAGAGGAAUCAGAAGAAUCUUAUAGAACGAGAGACAAGACGUUUUAUCCAAACCAUUCGGAGACAUAUCGUUCACGCCACAGGAGACCACCAACCACGACUGUACGAACUACGCCAAAGCAACAGGAGGAAUUGCCUUUGCCACGAGUGGAAUCAAGAUUUCCGGACACAACUCGGAGACCCUCGCACAUAUCGUCGGAGUCAUCGUCGCAUCAGGUAAUGUUUUACCCGUAUUCGACGCCAGAAACGCCACCAGCACCAUCCGCCGAAGAUAUCAAGAUGCCGGGAACUGACGGACCGUCGCGAAUGGAACACACCUUAAUGUAUCCACAGUCAACACACGAAACGACGCCUUAUUGGUCAUAUCCAACGCCGGAAAGACCGCGAGUACCACCCGUAACAUUAUCGGAGGACAUCAGGAUAGUAGGAACUGAUAGGCCACCUCAAACGGAAGGCAUGUUAACAUACCCGGCAUACAUUCCACCGCAUGAAACGAUGCCUUAUCCAUUGUAUCCCACGUCGGAGAGAUCGCAAGUAUUUGUUAUGGGAUCUUCAGAGGACAAAGCGAUAAAAGAAUCCGGCAGAUCAUCGCAAGCUGGAAACAUUAUGACGUAUCCUCUAUAUGUUACAACAUCCAACGGUCUGGAAAGUAUGCCGCAUGGAUCCAUUCAAAUGACGUCCGGUGUUUCGGACAUGGUUUGGUCCACAGAUGACUCGGUUGAGCAUUCGGUCUAUCCGAUGAUAGAACGUCACGAACAAUCUCGCCGUCCUACCGAAGGUAGCGACAGAGUGACGUCAACGAAAACACCAUAUUAUGGACACGACCCACGUGAAAUGAUAGUCGAAGAACCAUCAUCGGAGACCGACGACGACUUUUCUAUCUCCACGGCUCGACCCAUUGAAUACGAUCGAUCGCGAAUUACGACGGAAUCUGACACGCAUUAUGUUAGACCUUCGCCACCGGAAUUGAUAAAUUUACCUUCGACGGACGAGAUGUACCAAGCUCCGUAUUAUGAACCGACAGUCACCAUACAUCCACCGCGGCAAAAUUAUCAGAGUAGUAAUGGAGAACCUACAGGCGUUCGUCCUAUAGAUACGACACAAGAGCCGCUUCCCGAGUGUGAGAAUUCGGCACCGAAGAUUCAAUCAGCUGCUGCACUAGUGACGUUCGUUGUCGUCACUGUUCUUGGGCACGCCGUCGUGGGAAGAUUUUAGAGCGCGCCUUCCUGAUCGUCCAGAUGAGCGGGAUAGAUCGCACAGAUAACUUAUAAUUAGACUACGCAGGAGAAAAUCGAAUUUACAUCUCGCCUAAAGAACGUAUUCACUGUGUUGUGACCUGGACUUUUGAGCGCGCAUUUAUGUAUUUAACGUUGUAACUUUUCCUCAUAGCAUUUCCCUAAAGACGCUUCAUAGGAUUAUUAACCAGAUGCAGAUAACUAGCAAGAGAGUGAUCAAGAUGGAUGAAACUUUCUUCGGAAAUUGAAAAUUUCUCCGGAAAUGACAAAACCAGCUAAACCUGAUGCUGGGCCAAGGAAGCGGCGGAAGCCGAACGUCUGGAGAAGAUGUUGAAGAUCGAGAACGAGGAAAACGCAGCCA